AUGGGGAUGGAGGAAGAAGGCAGGCCGUUCGCCGAGCUGUCACUCUGGCCCCUCCGGAACUCCGUGCUUCUGUCCCCCGCUGUAGAGUCCACGCGGUGGCUCCGAGCUCCCAGGCCGGGGUCGAGAGCACGCGGCGCGCGGGGCCCGGGGGAGCCGGCGGGCGGGGCGGCUCGGUUCAAGGGCACCAUGCGGGCCGGCCGGGCCCUGCACCCGCUCAGCCAGCGCGAGAAGCGGAAGAGGAGCCUGGAGGUCCUGAAGCAGCGCAUCGCCGAGGAGACCAUCAGCAAGCCCAAGGUGGGCCGGAAGUUCGCCCACUGCGACGCGGUGCCGGCCGAGCUGAAGCGGAGCACCGCGGGGCUGCUGGCCCUCAACGACGUGAAGGCGCGGCAGGAGGCCCUGGGGCGCCAGCGCGAGAUGCAGCGGGCGCAGGGCGAACGGCCGGAGCGGCGGCGACGGAUCUGCGGCCUGUCCUCCCCGCCCGACGGCGGCGACGAGGACCCCGAGGGGGGCGACCCGAGGCGCGAGAAGGUGGAGGCGACGUCCAGCUCCUGCGACGGCUGCGGGCAGCGGCGCGCCGCGCGCAUGCAGGGCGGCGCCGUGCGGCAGCUCCUCAGCCGGGCGCUGAUGGCGCGGCGCCCCGCCUUCCGCGAGCUGCGCGCGGCCGGCGCAAAGCGGCUCCUGUAGGCCGAGGAGGCCCGGCUCCGGCCGCACGACCACACCUUCUACGACCUGAGGGUGGCGCAGGCGCGCGGCAGGAGCGGGCCGCUCUUCACCUUCGACGUGCCCGACGACGUGCGGCUGCGCAGCGACGCCCGCCUGGAGAAGGACGAGUCGCACGCGGGCAAGGCGGCGCCGCGCAGCCGGCGCGAGAAGAACCGGCGCCUCUUCCCCGCCCGCCGCCGGGAGCCCUAGGACCCCGAGAAGCGCUGGGACGGCUGCACGGUCCGGUGA